CGCAAACGCAUCAGUUUGUGACGACUCCCCCAGACACACACUACUCACGAAAAUGAAACAGUUGGUGUUGUUAGCCCUUUUCGCGGCCGCUGCGCAGGCGCAGUUUCUAAACGGGAGGAUCCUGGAACCUCCCGUGCCCUCACUGUGUGUUCAGAGGACCAUCCACGAGAGAUAUGUGGACAACAAAGGCUACUUCUUCUCAUGGAGAGACCCCGCUCUCCGCGGCGUUGAGGAAGACUGGCUGAGCGCCAGAAACUACUGCCGUCAGCGUUGCAUGGACCUCGUGUCUCUAGAGACCAGCGAUGAAAACGAGUGGAUUAAGGCACGCAUCGUACAGGACAAGCAAAAGUACAUCUGGACUUCGGGUCGUCUUUGCGACUUCAAGGGAUGCAACCGUCCUGACUUACUCCCUAACGAAAUCAACGGCUGGUUCUGGACUGCUGAGCUGCAGAAAUUGGCUCCCACCACCAACCGUCAACAGAACGACUGGUCUGAGGGUGGCGGUAUCGGCAAACCCCAGCCCGACAAUAGGGAGCUCAUCCAGGGGGGCGCUGCGGAACACUGCGUGGCUAUCCUGAACAAUUUCUACAACGACGGCGUUCACUGGCAUGACGUGGCGUGUCACCACCGCAAACCCUUCGUGUGCGAGGAGAACGACGCUCUCCUGAAAUACGUGCGAUACACCAACCCCGCCCUCAGAGUUUGAUCCGAUAACCACUGCCUUACACUGGUACAUGAGUAAUUAGAAGUUGAAGUAUUGUUAAUAAGUAAGCACUUAACAAUUCGAAUCUAACGAACUAUUUAUAUUUUAUGACGAGAAAUUUUUAUUUAAAUGACUGUGCUUACAUUUAAAACUUAUGAGGUAGUAUCCAUAAAAACAGCCAAAUAUCAUAAAGCUUCAAAACGGAAAAAAUCGAUUUCAAUUUUCGAUAUUAAAUUAACGAUCCGGUUCUAGCUUUAAAUACCUCAUUACAGAAAUAUUUAUUACAGUAUUGUACAUUACUUUAGUUAUGUAACUGAUGCAGUCGAUGUUUAAUAAUAUUUAAGAUCUGUCAAUAAAGACUGUUUUAAUUUUUA